UUUUCUAUUCAAAGUUUCGCUUCGUUUUCGGUUCAUUUCAUUAGGCAAUCGUUGAAAAAUUGUCUGGGCGUAUAAGCAAAGCGUCAACACACAAUGGAGGCCGUGCCGCGUCUGCAUAUGCUGUGGUUUGCCCUCAAGUCUAGUCCCGAGGGCACUUCAUAUGCGGCGCUGAAAAAGUACAUUGCCGAGUUCUAUCAGGAGGAUCCGGAGUCCUACUCAAAGGAGGUGCAUGCACUGGAAACGCUGCGCAACCAGGCGAUGCGUACCACCAAGGAUGGCAGUCCAAUCAUGAAGCGAUAUUACUGCCAGCUGCAUGCGCUGCAAAAUAGAUUCCCUCAGCUGGCCGAGCGCGGCAUUUUCACGUACAGCUGGAAGGAUUUGUAUCACAGCACGGUUCACGAGGUCAACGAUAUGCGAUACGAACGUGCCGCCGUCCUCUUCAACAUUGCCGCCUCGCAUACACAAUCGGGUGCGUCGGUGACGCGUGGUGAUGUGGAUGGCAUGAAGAUGGCUUGCACUCAUUUCCAGGCGGCUGCCUGGGCCUAUGGAGAGUUGCGGGAACGCUAUGCGAAUGUGAAUAAUGGCGGCGACUUUAUGACCACCGAGCUGUUGGUGUUCAUGCAACAGGUGUGCUUCGCCCAGGCCCAGGAAUGCAUACUGGAGAAGUCGCUAAUUGAUAAUCGCAAGCCCCACAUUGUGGCCAAGGUGACGGCACAGAUUGUUGUCUACUAUGGAGCGGCGCUGGCUGCGCUGCUUACGGGUGGCGACGAUGGACCGGUGGCGCAGGUCAUCGACAGUUCCGUCUACAAGCUGUGGAAAAAAUAUGUGCGCUUCAAGAUAAACUACUUGAAUUGCAUUUUAUAUUUGUACCAGGGACAGCAUGCUGAGGAGCAGCGCAAGAUGGGCGAGCGUGUAACGCUUUAUCAGGCGGCGUGGGAUAAGCUGGAGGAGGCGCGCAAGGAGUCAAAGGGACUGCCUGAUCAGGCGGAGAUCAACGAAUCCCUGACUUUCACCGCCGACGUGGUUGAGGCGAAGCGCAAGAAUGCCAAAAACGAGAAUGAGUUCAUUUACCAUGAGUCUGUGCCCGAACUCUCCACGAUUGCUGCUGUGCAGGGCGCCAAUCUGGUCAAUGGCAUUGGUUUCUCAAUUACAGACGAGGAGUUCGCGGGCACUGACUUAUUCGCCCGUCUGGUGCCGAUGAAGGCGCACGAGGCCAGCUCCAUGUACAGCGAGGAAAAGGCCAAGCUAUUGCGCAAAUAUGGAGCGCUCAUUGAACAAAAGGAUACGGAACUGCAAAGCUAUAUGAGCUCGCUGACGUUGGACAAUCUGAACAUAAGCGAGGAGCACGCCAAUAAGCUGCCUCAAGGCAUCGUGGAUCGCUGUGCGGCAUUGCAUGCCAACAAGACGGCAAUUAGCGAUCUAAUCGAAGCCAUGUCCCAGCUGGCCGAGAUCACAGCCGAUGUGGAGACAAAUCUGAACGAGCUGACGCACAUGCUUGAGGCGGAGGCGCAGGCAGAGCGUGAGUUCCAAGCGGCCAGUGGCGUGCAACGCACGCCCAACGCACACAUCACCGAGUUGACGCGUGAGUUCCAGAAAUAUAGCGAGGCGCAUGCCCGGGCCGGCGAAUCGAACAACACACUGCGCAAGGCAAUGAGUCUGCAUGUGAAUAAUUUAAAGAUAUUGGCGCGUCCGCUACAGGAAAUACAACAGCUAAUGCCCAAGCUGAGCACUGAGCUGAACACGGCCGAGAUAUUCAAGGAUGUUAAGCUAAUUGUUAACAAGGUAAAUGAGAUGAAGGCCCAGCGUGCCCAAUUUCAUGCCGAUCUGCGCAUCGCCGUCAACGAUGACGACAUCACGGCCAAGGUGAUAGCACAUGGAGGCCAGGAGGGUAUGCAAGCGCUCUUCGCCACCGAACUGGCCAAGCAUGACAAACUCACUCAGCUGAUGGAUCAAAACUUGCUGGCACAGCAAAAUAUUCUGCAAGCCCUUACGGAGGCGUAUGCACGAGCCGCUCCGGUACUCAAGACACUGCAGGAUGUUAAACAGAAACGGGAGAAUUUCUACAGCUCGUUGGCGGCCUCCUAUGAUGUGUACGAGGAUUUGCUGGCCAAGUCAUCGAAGGGCCUCGAAUUCUACAAGAAGCUGGCGGGCAAUGUGCAAAAGCUGCUUACGCGUUUCAAAUCCGCACGCGACGUACAGUCGGAGGAGCGGCAGCAGCGUUUGAAGAGCGUCACGGCAGCCACAUCAGCCGCGCCGACGGCCAAGACGGACUACACUGGCGCAUCAGCUACGCCAGUGGGUGCCGCCCCCAAGCUACGCGACUACUUGAAGGCAAAGGGUGCAAGCGCAGCUAGCAUUGCAGGUGCGGGCAUUUCACCAGUUCAGGAUGCCACGCCAUUUGUGCCACCCGUGCGUCCAGUGCCCGUUGGCUCCGAGAAUCCCACGCAGGCGACCUGCUCCGCCUACGCCACAGCACCGAACGAGCCGCCGCCGCCCUACAGUCUGCAGCAGCAGCAAUAUUACGAUCCGAGCGCCGCCGGCUACACCAAUCCCAUGUAUCAGCAACAACAACAGCAUAUCGCUCCACCCGCCUAUAAGGCGCAGGCCUCGCCCAAUUCACAGACUCUACAUGGAACAUUUGCCCAACUCAGCUUGCAACACCAGCAACAGCAGCAGCAGCAACAGCAGCAGCAGCAACAACAAGAGGCAGCAUUUGCUCAGCAAUCUCUGCCCUACGGCUAUCAGUAUGGCGCCUAUCCACCACCUGCAGCAUCGCCUGCUCAGCAAUCAGUCUACAAUUAUCAACAGCCGCUCUACGUGGCAACAUCAAAUCCCGCUGAGAUGACUUCGUCACCCUAUGCGGUUAAUCCUGCCAUGCAAGCUGUCUAUUCACAAGCCUCCCAAGCGGCUGCAGCUCAAGCACCAGCAGCGGCUGCCUAUCCAACAUCACAGGCCGCCCAACCCACAUCAGCAGCUUAUGCCCCUCAAACGGCCCAAUUGGCGCAAGCACCGGCUGCCUAUCCCCAAUCUUUGUACCAGCAGCCCGCAUCCUACGCUCAACAAUCCUCUAACUAUGCUCCAACCAACGGGCCCUUGUCGGCCGCUAGCUACCAGCAGUCGGCACAACAACCGGCAGCAAUCUAUCAGCAAUCGCAGGCACCAUCUCAGCAACCAGCAGUAUAUCCCCAGUCCCAAAACAAGCAACCACAAGCCAAUCUUCAAUAUCCAUUGCAAUACGCUGAAUCAGCUCCAGCUGCUGUUCCCAUGCCAACUCUAUCUCCAUCUGUGGCUGCUCCCGUGGCUCCUCCAUCCAUUCCAACGCCUACGCCCGCUCCAGUCAGUCACGUCGGCGCUGAUUCCUCCCAUCUCAGCUAUUCCACACACCCCGGCUACAGUUUCAAUCCCCAAACGGGCAGCUACGAUUACAGCAGUGGCUAUCAGCAGGACAAUAGCCACCUGGCCACCCACACCCAGACCGGAUACGGACAGUUUACGCAAAGCGGACAGCAACAGGCGGCCCUGGUGGGCACCACAAAUUCAGAGGCGGCCAGUCGAACCAAUCUGGCUACGGGAUUCGAUUCACCAAUAAUUUCUCACACGAAGGCACCACCCGCCGCUACAACUGUGGAGACGACCAAUGCUCAGCCGCCGGAUAGUGCCCCCAACUAUUAUACGCCGCCGUAUGGCUACCACUCCAAUAAUCAGCAGACAACUCAACCAGCACAGCCCGUUGAGCCGGCCACACCAAAUCACCAGCAACAACAACAACAACAAUCAAGCAUGCAGCAAUCGAUCUACAUGCAGAGCGGCGCCAGCAGCAUUGCGAGCACCAAAACCACAACCAGCAGUGCAGAGUAUGCCUCGUCAGCGGCACAGUUGCAGCCAGAGCAGCCGGAAAACAGAAAUGACGAGCCGAACAGCAAAUUGGGAAGCGCUGUAAACUCGAAAAAUAUUGAUCUGCUGAGCGAUUUGGAUUGUGUCGGCUCUGUGCCGCCGCCGAUGCUGCCAGAGCCGAUACUGCAGCCGCAGAUUGUGCCCACACCACCGCCCAGUCAAGUGGCCACACAGGAAGCAGCAACGCAGGAGCUGCAGCCCAAGAGUUCCGUGCCAACCACUCCCCGGUCUCCUAUAAACUCGCCCCCUCCUGCAUCUGUUCCUCGUGGCAGCAUCGAUAAUCUAUCCAAUUGCUCGGAUCUGAGCUCGUUGGACAACUUCGAUUGGGACUCGGUUUCAUUGACACAUUCCACCAGCGAGAAACAACAGAGCAGCAAUGCGUCCACAUUCCAAAUGCGCGCCCACGAUGCCUUCAACCAAGAAAAAACGCUCAAAUAUUUCCACAAAGAGGUCGAGAGCUAUGAGAAACUGGUGGAGAAUUUGCAUGUGAAGAUGUUGAAUGGCCAGACGGCACUCAGUACCAAGUGGAAGGAGCUGCAACAGAAGCUGGACAAGGAUGCGAGCCUCAAGCGUACCACAACAAUAGCCAAACUCUUUCCCGAGAAGAAUCGCUCACUGGACUGUCUGCCCUACGAUCAUGCGCGCGUCAAGCUGGACAAACAGACAGAUGAUUAUAUAAAUGCGGCGUACAUAAAGAACCUUGGUGCUGGCUGCCCCAACAUCAUCAUAUCGCAAACCCCGCAGGCCAAUACCAUAAAUGAUUUUUGGUCCAUGAUUUGGUCAGAGAAAUCGCGCACAGUUGUCUGCUUGCAUACGCCCAAUGAGCUUUUUGAUCCAUUCUGGCCACAAACUUUGGACCAACGCACCCACUACGAUGACUUUACCGUCAAUUGUGUGAAGCUUCAGCAGCUCAGCCAUUGUACUGAGUACCAAUUGCAGCUGUCUAUGCAUGGCGCUGAUGCUAUCUUGGAUUUGUCGCUCCUGCAACUCAAGCAGUGGACGAAGGCAUCGCCCAGCCAGCUGCUGGGCAUAGGCAACAAUGCGCUGCAGACUCAUCAGCAGCGUUGUCUGGCAGCCAAUACACCCAAUUCUCCGCUUAUAAUGAACUGUCUAACUGGCUCCGAGCGUUCCGAAUUACUGGCCAUAGCCGUGUGUGCGCAGAUGGCCACGCAAGCAGCGCGACCCAUUUUGAUAAAUGUGGUUGAUGUUUGGUCACGAAUUUGCAGUCAGCGCCAGAACUCCCUGCGGGACGCUGCCACACUGGAACAGGCUAUGCAAAUUGUACUCAGCCACGCCCAUAAUGUGCUCAAUAAACGCGGCAUAAUGACCUCAUAUCAAAUGAAAAUGGCGCCACAAGUGAACGCUAAAGAGCAACAGGAGACCAAGGAUCCACUUAAUGAAUUGGAUGCGCUGUGGAAAUUGAAAUGAGCAGCGGGCUGUCAAAGAUUGGUGUGCGCAGACUGAAUCGGGCAGCGCUUAUUGCUUAAUAUGUUAAUCAAAAUUCAAAGGUUUUCACACAUAUUUAAUAUUACUCGACGACCACGGCUACUUGAUGCGUCAUUGUUGCAAACUAUUGAGCUCAUCUUAUAAGAAAAAGUAUUCUGAAAAAUCAAACAUUUUAUGUAUUGUCCCAAUUAUUGUUAAGUGUAUUCUAUUAUUGUAUGUUUGUAAUCAAAAGAUAUUGUAUAUCAUAUAUAAAGUUCAAUUUAUUCCAAAUAAAUGACUCUCCAUUAACAA